CAGGAGACACGCCUUCGCUUAGGCCGUCCCCCUGCUCCCGGAGGCAUCGCCUGGCGCUUGACGAGGAGCAAGGGAAGCGCAGUCACGUGAGAGGGCUGGCGGGCGAGAUCACGUGACGCGAGUGGUGGCAGCUGAGCCUGGGCUCCAGAUGGCUGGGGCGAGCCUUGCCCCUUACCUGCAGCAGCGGCUUGCGGGGCUCGAGGAGCGGCUGCACCGCUUGCUCAAAGACGGGGAACCUGCCGAUGCCUUCUUAAUGCAAGCUUCUGCUACGCUGGAAAACUUGAAAGACCUUUUUCAAGAAGCUGGAGAAAACUGCACACUUUCCAUCAUCUUUCAGCAUUAUACACAGGCAAUCUUGGAUAUCACAUAUUUUGAAGAAAACCAGCUUGUAGAUAAAGAAUUUCCAGAAGAGUCCUCUCUACAGAAGGUUGAGGAAUUGAUUAACGCGCUUUCAGAGCCAGAAAUCUUGAUUAAAGAAAGUGGCACAUCUCAAGAACCCCUUGCUGUCCUUGGUAUAGAAUUACUGGAAUGUCUCUACUGGAGGAGAGGAGCCUUGCUCUACAUGUUUUGUCACACAGUUAAAGGAAGGAGAGAGUGGUUGCUGGAGAAGACCGAGUCACUCAAAAAGUUUCUUAAUGAAGGAAUCCAAUACUUGGUGAAGAUGCUUGGUUUAAGAAGUCCUGUUAACCCGAAUGAAGAGACCUUGUUUCAGGAUGCAGACACAGCUAGACUGCUCCAUGAUGGCGUUUUUAGUGAUACCCAUCUACUGGCGAUGAUGUAUGCAGGAGAAAUGUGUUAUUGGGGACUGAAUUACUUUGGAGAAGAAAAAGAAAAGCAAUCGAGGUCAAGCAGAGAUUCGCAAUCGAAUAGCAAACCACCCUGCAGCUCACACGGUGAAGUUCUGGACUUCCGAGACAUAGGAAAGAGGAUGUUGCUGAAAUACGUGGCCAUGUGUGAAGGACCUUUAAGAGGACAUGAGUGGAAUACAAAAAACGCAAAGCUCAUAUUGGGCUAUUUUAAGUAAACCAGGUUGACUUAUUAUUUAGCUGGGUGGUGUUGUAGGUUCCCAAGAAAAUAAUAAUAAGCUGAAAGAAGGCUUAUACCUCAGUAUUUCUGUGACUAUGUAAUUUUUUAAAAAAACAAAAACCCAACAUUUCAGAGCAUCUCCCAGUUUAAGAACACACAUCAUUGAACUGAUGUACAAAUUAGAGUGCUUCUCUUGAAACCAACAAGGCUACUCAACCACUGGCUUUUUCCUGAUGAAUUAUCGCUUCCUCUGAUAGCCUCCAGUGUGGGGCCUUAGGCAUGCUUACACUUUGGGGGAUUUUCCCAUUUGGGGAAAAGGAAAGAAUAGGGCACAGGGUGGUGGGAGUUCUAGCCAUUUGCAGUUUGGUGCUGAGCUCAUGCAGCUGUUUUACUAGUUGAUGAAAGCUCCUCAAAUAAGAUUAUUAAAAAAUGAGACUAACA